AUGGUGACCUUUGCUACACAUAAUAGAUCUUCACCAUCAAUUUUUCCUAGUGAAUUACUCAACAGUCGGUUUUAUAGUAAAGAUCUUGCUCCAACACCAUUAUCAAAACGAACAUGGACAACAUGGAAUUAUGCUGCAUUAUGGAUAUCAAUGUGUCAUUGUCUACCAACUUAUGCUUUAUGUGGUAGUUUAAUAACAAAUGGUAUGAAUUGGUUUCAAGCAUUGCUUACAAUUGGUAUUGGAAAUUUAAUUAUACUUAUACCUAUUUUACUUAUUGCUCAACCAGGAACAAAAUAUGGUAUUCCAUUUCCUGUUCUUGCUCGAUCUGCAUUUGGAACAUGGGGUGCGAAUAUACCAGCUAUGUUACGAGCACUUGUUGGUUGUGGUUGGCUUGGUAUUAAUGUAUUUUUAGGUGGUGAAGCACUUAAAACAUUUGUUGUAGCUGUUUGGCCUAAUUAUGCACAUCUUGGAAAUGGAUGGACAUUCCUUAGUUUAUCAAUUCCAAGUUGGAUAACAUUUUUAUUAUGUUUAUCAAUACAUGUUAUAAUUAUUUGUUAUGGAAUGGAAGCUGUAAAAAAAUUUGAAAAUUGGGCAGCACCAAUUGUACUUAUUAUGGCUGCGAUUCUUCUUGUCUGGUUAGUUGUAAAAGCGAAAGGUUUAGGUUCUAUGUUACAUAGACCAUCAAAAUUUCAAACAUUUCAUGAAUUUUGGAUUGUAUUUAUACCUUCGUUAACAAGUACGGUUGGUUUUUGGUCAACUCUUGCAUUAAAUAUUCCUGAUUUUACACGAUUUGGUCGAAGUCAACGUGAUCAAAUUAUUGGACAAUCACUUGGAUUACCAUUAACUAUGCUUGUAUUUAGUGCUAUGGCAGUUAUUAUAACAAGUUCAGCACAAGAAGUAUUUCGUAAUGUUUCAGGAAAUUUAUGGGAUCCUGUUUAUUUACUUUCAAUUAUAACUUCUCCUUCUCAAGCAUUUUUUUCAACACCAGUGCGUAUUAUUAUAGCUAUUGUAUCAUUAAUAGGUAUAUUAAUAGCAACUGUGUCAGUUAAUAUAGCAGCAAAUGUUGUAUCACCAGCUAAUGAUUUUGCUAAUUUAUGUCCACGAUUUAUUACAUUUAAAAUUGGUGGUUUAAUAACGUGUGUAAUAGCCAUUAUUAUUAUGCCAUGGAAAUUAUUAGCAAGUUCCGAAGAAUAUGUAUUUACAUGGUUAAUUGGUUAUUCGGCAUUAUUAGGACCAAUUGCUGGAAUACUUAUUGGAGAUUAUUAUUUAAUACGAAAAAGAAACUUAGAUAUUGUAGAUUUAUAUUGUGAUACUUAUCCAUUAUGUACUGGUCGAGCUAUAAAUUGGAUUGCUAUUUUAGCUCUUAUAAUUGGUAUUAUACCAAAUAUGCCAGGAUUUAUAAGAAGUUUAGAUCUUCAUAAAACUCGUGAACAUAAUUUUUUCGAUGAUAUUUAUGUGUAUGCAUGGUUUAUUGGAUUAUUUCUAGCUGGUUUCGUAUAUGUCAUAGCUAUGUUAAUAUAUAGACGAUUUAAUUUUGUUACAGUUCGAUAUCGAUUCUGA